AUGCCCUCCGCGCAAUGUCUGAACAUACCCGAAAUUCUCAUCUUGAUAUGUGCUCAGCUUUCUCGAGCAUCUCUAGCCUCCUUUGCACGGACCAACUCAAGAAUUUGCGGGGUUGCGCUGGAUGCCCUAUGGAGGAAGCAAACCAGUCUCAUUCCUCUGCUGCGGACUCUCCCUCAGUCUUAUGCGUCGUCUCAGACCAUAGAGGGCAGCAUACCACAGGCCGACUGGGAGAACACACAGACUUACGCGCGGAGGGUGAAGGUACUAUCUCUCGAAGGCGGUGGAUUCAGGACGGGCUAUGGAACCGAAGAAAUCGAAGUUCCCCUCGAUACGAUGCAGGCGUAUACCUUCCGCCUCGGUCGUGCGCCCAUAUUCCCCGGCCUCCGUAAAGUGGACAUGGGGCUCGCUAGAGAAGACGACUUCCUGUUCCUUCGAUUCCUGGUCACUCCUUCGCUGCGGUCGUUGUUCAUGCGCUACCGAUCCGGCUUCAUGGGAGGUUCCAACAUCGAGCACAUCCUGCCCUCCAUCCCCGCGCUCUGCCCCGAGCUCACAUACCUCAAAGUGCACGACGACGACAGCCCAUAUGAUCCCGAACUUGACGAGCGGGUGAGCCUGCCCUUGAAGGAGAUGAUCCUGGGUUGGACCUGCCUGACGAAGGUGAACAUCGCGGAAGCCCACCCCGAGGCGAUCUGGCACCUUGGGAGAUGCCGAACUCUGCGAAGCCUGACGAUGCACGCCUCCAACGCCCUGCAGUGGCCCCCGGCGGAGGCACCGGGCUUCGAGCAUGGGCUGUCGAGCCUUGCCAUCUUGGCCGAGGAGGGUAGCUUCAUCGUUCCGAUAAUCAGGUGCAUGUCGAGCGCGCCCAUCUCGGCGAGGGUCGUGAACAUAUACUGCGAGACGGACAACAACAGCUGGAAGCAAGACAGUUUCAGCGUUCUAGCGCAGGCCUUGGACCCGAUGUCCCUUCAGCAAUUUUUCUACGACCACAGAUUUUACAGACAGGAAACGUGGGAUAUACCCGCACAUACUUUGCGGCAGUAUAGACGGUUCCCCUAUAUGGUCGUGUUCGACGUCUUGGCCAGCGGCCUUCCCUCAUUCGACGACGACUCCCUGGCUGCGAUGGUGUCCGCAUGGCCUCGACUGGAACACCUCGCGGUCCGCGGGUCCUUGGGCGUGCCAUCAUCCUCCGAUCCCAGGAUCUCACUUGCAUCACUGGCGACGCUGACGCAGUACUGUCCUGCGCUCGACACAUUCAGGUGCACUCUGACCAGCUCCAAAGUUCCACCACUGCCGGAUGUCGGAGCGCUGUCUCUGAAGGAAAGGGGCAAUGCUUCGCCUUGGAUCGAUUUAGUAUUCGAUGGGGUACGUGGAUUACCCAUCGAGGCUCCGGAGGCGGUGGCGAGCUACAUCUACACGGUCUUCAAAGGCAAGGAGUGCACACUGCGGAUCAAUUCAGCUAUGUACGGGGAGGACGAGACUUCGGUGAAGUGGAGGAAGGUGAAGGCACUAGUGGAGGCAAAUGCUGUCGCCUUUGCUGUCAAUCAUUCCAUCCAGGCGCUCCUCAAUACUCUGGCGCCCCAGGGCUCCGCCGAUGCGCCACGGCUGACACCGCAAGCGCUUGAGCGCCUUUCACAGAAGAUGGAGGAGCUCGCGCAGGCUAGGGAGGCUCAGGCAGCAGGAAACAACCAGGUCGGAGGUGAGCUCGUUAACGAAGAGGGCCUCCCGAUCGUCGAUGUGACCGAGACCGAGGGCGCGCCGAUCGUCAGCGCGACGGGCGACUCCCUCAUCUCCGAUGAAGAUCCCCUCGUGCGGUGGAACCUGCUGUCCUCCUUCGAGCGCGAGCGCCGCGCGAAGGAGCGCGAUCGCAUCCUCGACCUGUUGGAGGCAGAGGAGGCAGAGGAAGAGGCCGCGCGCGAGGCGAAGGAGGAAGCGGAGCGCGUGGCGGAGAGGGAGAGGCUGAGGGAGAAGCACAAGGAGGAGUUGAACAGGAUCAAGGCGCAGAGGGAUAUGCACAAGAAGAUGGGCAAGGCGCUGCUGAAGGGUUUGGCCGGUGAUCGGCCGGCAGCCGUACCAAGCACACCAGCGACGACCUCAGCGCCGACGGAGCCGGCGAAGGCGAAGAAGACCGUCGCGUUUGCGGAGUCGGCGUCUGAAGUGGAGAAGCCUGUCGAGGAAGGCAAGGACUGGGGCGACGUGAAGGCGGGUCGUAUACGCAUGAAACACAACAGCCUUCUGCAUUCCAUGUCUCCGGCGGAUCAGCCCACCAUGAAGGCCACGGUUGUCGAACGGACACCGCAGGGAGCGCCUCCGCCACCUACUCUAUCCCAGCCCGAGCGCGACUCGGAUGACGAGUCCGUUCCCGAGGUUCCCAGCUCCCCUGUUCCAGGGGACUCAGAUGAAGAUAUCGCGGAUCACGAGGAUGACGAGGAGGAAGAUGGAGAGGCAGUACUGGAGCCUGAAGAGUACGAUCUAGACUUUGCGGCACAACAGAGGGAGAUCGCCCUCGAAUACCACCGCAAGCGGGCGACCAUUGGUCAAGCUGCGUUGGAUGCAAUGCGCUCGCAUACCCCCGACGAACAUGAACAUACGGAGGUCGACCCAGUCGUCAAUCCCCCUGCUCCGAAGCCAGCCGUCUCACGCUUCAAGGCAUCCAAAAUGGCUUCCGCCUUCAAUGUUGAAGCCGGACCCUCACAAGCUCGGCAAUCACACUCACUCGGUGCUGCAGUCGUACCAGAAGGGACGACGCGCACGAUCCAGAGCGCAAUCAAGACAGGCAAGCUCGACGACGACAAGAAGCUGGUCGGCGGUGCGGAAAGCGACAGCGAAGACGAAAACGAGCUCGCGCGCGAGAUGUACGAAGCCCUCCGACGAGGCGAGCUAUACAACCUGGGACCGGGGCAGGUUCAUUUAGUGCCGCCGCCCGCGGACGCGCCGAUACCGAAUACGCCGAAGUCGACAACACGACCCAAGUGGUCGACACCCUCUCAGCCUACGGGCACAAUCCCUGUCAGCCCGGAAAAGCUAACACCUCUGGACCGACCGACGCCCACUUCGCGGUUCAAAGUUGCGAUGUCGCAGGCCGGGAGACCGAAUCCGUCUUCACCGCUGUCCGAGGCGGCUACUCCAGUCAAUACCACGGGCCGCUCGUCGCCCAAGAUGCCGGUGUCUCCAGCAGUCAUGGAGCGCAGGUCGUCAGAUGUGGUAGAGAGAGCACUACCUGGCGUGACGGAACGGAAGCCACCUGCAGUCGUCGAACGAAAAUCUGCCGCUGCUGGGCCCUCGCGACUUGCUGCUGUACCUCUGAAUUCUCGGUCUUCGUCGACAGCGUCAUCAGCAACUGUUGUCGAAUCGCCUUCCUUCCCAUCCAUGAUCAUCGACUCCCCGUCUUUCCCCUCUAUGGUGGUGGACUCGCCCUCUUUCCCAAGACCCGGUGGUGGGGCGGGAUCUUCAUCGGUCGUUGGCUCGCCUUCGUUCCCAUCGCCGUCUUCGCGACAGCAAGGACGACCGCAGAGGCCGCCAGAGAUCCUGUCGGCGGCAGUCAAGGAGUCUGCGGGGCGAAGGGAGGAUAGGCAGGAGGAAGCGCCGGCACCGCGAAGGGUGUCGCGAUUUAUGGCGCAGCGUGGAUAGUUUACUGUUCGUGACCGAGCUCUCAAUGAAUCAUAACAUAGAACAUGAUUCUUGCUGCUACUGAGCAAUUGCAUAGACAGGAGGCGAGUCAUUGAAAAGGAUUGUGGGUGU